UCUCCUCGGGAGUCGCGAGCCGAGCAGCCGAGCUGGCUUUUCUUAACCUAUUUCGUCGUUGGCGUGAGGAAUUCGGAGUGUUUCUUCUUUCAGGCGUUUCCUCGCCUCGCCUUUUUUUGCUCUAAUGGCGGUGACUAAGGAAGCCGAGCUCUCCCCUCAGGGACCUCCGCGGAGCCAGAGUCCUCACCAAAUCAAUGGAAGUUGCAAGAGGAAAGAGAUUUCUGUGGCACUUAAUGUAUUUGGGACUGGACAGCAGACUGCAGAAGGGGCAUGUUCUAAAAUUUCUGAAAAGCAGAAAGUGAGCAAGACAACAGAUGAGAUGAUAGGCUUCAUGGAUGAUUUGACUCUGAGCUCACCUAAAGGGAGAUCUCUGUCAUGUUCAAGGAGCAGCUGUAGCAAGCGAUCCUCCUCAGUAUCAUCUAAUGAUUCACCUUACAGUUCAAGUAUUUCAUCUUCCUCCACAAGCUGGAGUAGAUCAAGGAGCAGAUCAAGAUCACAUGCAAAAAGGAUUUGUUCUCGGAGAUCCAGAGGAGUAUUCAGAGGAUACUCAAGAUCUUAUUCCAGGAGUCAUUCAAGAUCACACGAUUACAGAUACCGGGAAGGAUCCCAUUUUAGAUAUUAUAGAAGACAUCCUAGCUCACAUCCAAUAUAUCAAUCACGGAGUAGAUCUCCUGUUAGAUCAUACUAUCACAGGUGUUACUCCAGAAGUAACUCAAGAAGCUGAGGAUACUAUGGGUUUGGAAGAACAGUAUGUCCUGAAGUUUAUAGAAGGUGGAGAAACUGCUCUCGAACAAGACCUCUUCACUUGACAGAAAAAGAAAAGAGAAACCCUAACCCUAAUGCAGCUAAAACCUUUGGGGGAAAAAUUGUCCCACCAGCCAGUUUAAAAAUUGACACCAAAACCAAUGAAAAUGGAAAUCCAAAAGAGAACUUAGAUUUUAAGGUAACUAACAGACAAACAGAAGAGAAAAAAGGAAUUGAGAUGACAUCUGUGAUGAGGGGCAUUACUCUUAGUCCUAACAAUAUAAUGCCAAGGCCACUGACCCUGAAAUCAGCAAGUCUGCUUUGUAAAAACCCGGUAGUAUCCCCAACAAGAGAAGAGAAAAAGGGCUCUGUUGGCCAGUGGAUUCCUGUUAAGAAUGAAGAAAAUAGAGUUUCAUAAUUUUUUUACCUGAAAGUACAACUUUCAGAGCAUGCUAGUAGUUCUGUUCUGGUUAAUAGCAUCUGAAAUCCAAAAUAUCUCAUAUUUGAGAUUUAAAUGUAGGUUACCUCAUUUGAAACUAGAAUUUGUUUUGCAGAUAGAAAAUGGAAUAUACAGACCAAGUGAAUGCAGGUAGGAUUUUUUUCUGUAAAUUUUGCUUUUUGACUGAAAUAGAUUAUGUCACAAACAGGAAUAUCUUACUGAUAGAUUUUAGUGUGUAAUAUAUGUAACAUAACAAAUGAAGGUUUCUUCAUUUUAUAAUUUUCAUUUUAUACUUUUUGUUAAGCACUUUUAAACUGUUAUGUAUGGCUCCUGUUGGUAAUUCAUUUUACCUAUGUAGUUAAUGUUUUGCUUUAACAAUUGUACUUACUUAUUGCAGUAAGUACAAAGACAACAAAAGAUACAUUAGUGAGGUUCUAGUAUUUUCAUAUUAAUCCUUGCCUGUUAUCAACACUCCAUAAAUUACUCUCCUUGCAACAAUUGUAAGAAAAAUUUCUAAAGUUCUUAUUUAGCUGUGAAUAAGCUUGACACAAACAUUUAAAGAAGUCAUGCUUCAAGCAGAAAGGGCUGGGCAGGGCAAAUUUAGGUAAUAUGCUGUUGAUUGUUUUUUACUUAAUUUCAUAGCUUGUGUAAAUAUUGUACUAUAGCCAAAUGUUUUGAACUGUAUGACAUUACAAUGGUAUUCAAGAAAAAAAUGGCAUUCAAAAUUAGUGAAGGAUGAAUUUGUAUAAGCUGCAUAUUUUCUGCAAUUUUCAUAAAAAUCUGUAAUAAAGAAUUUCAAAUAAAC